UGACAGAUAUUUAAAGUGAAAGUUUCUAGUGCGCGGAAAAUUUGAAUCUGGCCAUAGGCGCAAGUGAUUAUCAGAAGCACGAGUCGAGCGCCAAUUCAGUUUCCAGUUAGUGAAAAGUGAAAACACCGGUUCAGAAAAAUAAGAGAAGUGAAUAAUAACAUCCAACAAAUAGCAAAACAAAUCCAUUCAAAUACUUAAGUUACGCGAGUUAGAUGUCAGACACACAUAUGGCAACAUUGUCACGCUUGACCAGUGGAAAGAGAUAACCCUAUCGCCAAUCCCCCCCACGCCACCCCCACUCACAACUCCUGGGCACGAAAAAUGACCACGACAGUUCGAUGCUGUGCGUGUACUACCCGUAAUUGCUCAAACUGCAUAUGUGCAAGAAGUCACAGAUCAUGUACAAACUGCAGAGUAGGUCCAACAUGUCAGAACAAAGACCAUAUACACGAGGAAAGAAUAGAGGAGCAGAUGGAAACCGCAACAGGCCCACAACAGGAGGAGGACACGACAGAGCAUGGAAUACAGCAACCGGCAACCCAAGAAAGAGGAGAAGACCCCCCGAGAAGAUACUGGCAAGCGAUGUCGCUAGAUGAGGCAAAAGCGGUCACGGAAAGCAUAUACAGAAAAAUAAUAGAAUUCUCUCCAAACAACAUAUGCGAAAUCCCUAAAAGUAAUGCGACCAUUGAUUUCAUUAAGGAGAUGGAGUUCCUAAUAAAGGAAUACACGAAUGGCACUUUUCUCCAAUCAAUCGCCUUGAAAGUAGUAGCAAUACUUCCACACCUCAUCUGUCAGAAAACGCAUAGUAAAGCCAAAACUUCAGAUAAUAUAAAAGCCAUAAAGAGAAGGAUGGACAAAUGGAAAGAGGGCGAUGUAGACGGACUAUUAAAAGAGGCCGAGGCUCUCCAACAGAGAAACAGGAGAGCAAUUAGAAGGAAGAAGGAAAUAGACAGGUGUACGAGAUUCGCUAACAUGAUGCAACAAGGCAAAGUUGCAAAGGCAGUUAGGCUCCUAUCACCUGAUGAAUGUACAGGACCCCUCCCUCUGAACGAAGACACACGUCAGAUGCUGCGGGAGAAACACCCGCCUGCAAGGGAGGCUGCGCCGGAAACGCUGUUCCGGGGAGAAUACCAUCCACCGCCGCCUGAGAUCUUCGAAAGCAUCACCGGAGAAAAAAUCAGGAGACACGCACUCAACACCAAGGGAGCAGCGGGACCCUCGGGACUAGAUGCAGACGGAUGGAAGAGCAUUCUGAGCACCAGCAGAUUCGGGAAUGCAGCAGGCGAUCUAAGUAAGGCAAUAGCAGAUUUAGCAAGAAAGCUCGCCACGGAAGAUUGCCGAUAUAUUGAGGCAUUAACAUCAUGCCGUCUCAUUGCUUUAGAUAAGCGACCAGGCUGUCGACCAAUCGGGAUCGGAGAGGUUCUGAGAAGAAUUAUCGGCAAAGCCAUAAUGGAAGUCGUCGGAGAUGACAUCAAAAGAGCAGUGGGCAAUCUCCAAGUGUGCGUAGGUCAACCAGCGGGAUGCGAGGCUGCCAUCCAUGCCAUGCGCAAAAUAUUCGAAGAGCCCGAAUGCGAGGCGGUACUGAUGGUGGAUGCUGCGAACGCUUUCAAUAACAUCAACAGGCAGGCCACCAUACAAAACAUCAAAAUCAAAUGCCCCAGCUUUGCUCAAUAUGUAUCCAACACGUACAGAGAACCGGCAAAGCUAUACAUUAACAACAUAGAAACAAACACCAGUGAAGUGAUGGCAUCAUCCGAAGGAACAACCCAAGGCGACCCCGUGGCAAUGGCCAUGUACGCAAUCGGCCUGCUUAAGUUGCAAGACCAACUGGAACACAGCAAAACGAACAUCAAACAAGUUGCAUACGCCGACGACCUCACAGGAGCCGGAAAAAUAAAGGACCUUCGAAGAUGGUGGGAAAUAGUUGAAAACCAUGGCCCUCCACAAGGAUACCACCCAAGUGCAAAUAAAUCUGUUCUAAUCGUUAAGCCAGAACAUCUCGACCUUGCCAAGGAGUCUUUCCGAGACACGGAUAUAAACAUAAAGGCAGGUGGGGAGAAACACCUCGGAGCAGUUUUUGGGCACUACAGAGGCCAAAGAGGAAUACGUGAGGUCGCAGGUGAACAAAUGGAAAAGCGAGCUGAAGACUCUAACAAGCAUCGCAAAAUCAGAACCGCACUCAGCUUACACGGCCUUCAUUUUCGGUGUAAAAAAUAAA